AUUAAUUACCACCCUGUUUCAAAAUUCUAAAGCGUGAACGAUUUUGAAGCCCAACCUCUUUCUCCAUCCAAAGGACCAAGAUCCAACUCUCCAUUAAAACCCCCCCAGCUUUUCCUCAUUUUCACCCUCCAUUCUUUUUCCCUCCAUUAGCACCCCUAUCUGCCAAGUGCCAAACUCAAAUUCCCAAAUUUAAUUCAUUGUAACACCAAAAAUAUCUGGAACCACAACAGCUCCUCACAAUCAUAUCGAUCAUCAGGAAGGGAACUAACAGCUAUGGACCCAGCGAUAUUUGUGGGAAUUUUUGGUCUUUUAACCUUUUUGAGUGGGGUAGCCAGCCUUGAUGAGAGAAAAAGAAUUCUCGAGGGUGAAGCUGAAUCCCUAACUGCUAGGAGGCUUGACCUUCAUAGAGAAAUCACUUCCUGUCCGGUUCGACGAAGCAAGAAGCGAAAGCGAAAUGAUGACCUCGGCCAUUGGAUGGCUGAGGGUCAAAAGCUUCUGGAGGAAGCUAGAGGCUUGUUAAGCCAAGUUGGAAGAUGGAGGUGCUUCUUUGGGGGACCCAAGAUGAGAUGGGAUGGUAGCGAAUUGGUUUAUGCUAUGAAAGUCCAUCAGUUGAAGGGCGAUGCUCUCCUUAAACAGGCUUUAACUGAUGCUCGUGGCCUGUGUGGUGGCUAUCAUAUACCCGUCAAACCAUUAGUUGGCCGAAAUGCUUCUAUAACUUUGAACCAUCUUAAGCUCCGGCUGAAAGAUGAUUUGGUUGGAAGGAUUGCUAUUCAUGGUCCAAGAGGUAUUGGUAAGACCCAUUUGAUGAAGCACUUGCACAAUUGCGCGAUAGGCAUGUUUGAUUAUGUUUUCUGGGUCCUUUCCCCUUGUGUGUUCACCAUUAAGAGUUUUCAAGAUGCUGUUGCUGCAGUUGUUAAAUGUGAUCUUUCUGGAGUUGAUGAUGUGAGUAGAAGGGCUACGAAAUUGUCACAUAUAUUUGCAAGUCUUGGCAAGUUUGCACUUUUCUUAGAUGGUGUGCCAGAAGCUGGUUUCUCUCUGGACCGUGUAGGAAUUCCACUCCCUGCAGAAGGCAGCGGGUGCAAAUUGGUAUUAAGUACUAGCUCUACUUUGCUGUGCAGAAUGUUGGAUGGUUUUGAAGCAAUUAAAGUUGAACGCCUUCCAAGUGAAGAAGCAUACCAGCUGUUCAGGCUUGAAGCAAGGAUUGGUGAGGGCUCUGAACCCUCUCUUGGAGACAUGCCUAUGUUUCUUGCAGAUUCAUGUUCUGGUGUUCCACAUGAGAUUGUACAGCUGGCUACUUCCAUGUGUGGCAAAGAUGACCCUCAUGAAUGGAGAUAUGCACUAUAUCAAGCGGGAUGUCUUGGGACAAAGAACAAACUUAAAAUAAUUCCUGAAGUUAGGCGUGAAAGUAAAAGACUGAAGAUUGCUACGGCUCUCCGCCAUUCUUCCCUGUCCUCCAUCUCCUUCAGCUCAUAGGCCAUUUAAACAAGAUAUUGAAAUUUGAAUGUGGAGGUAACUGAUAAUUUUAUCCGAUUAGAGGUCAAGAGCAUGAUCCUAAUUUAAUUACUUGCGUUUCUGUGGGUUGUCAGCUGUCCCUCAUUUCAGGAACCAUGUUUUGAUAGUGCUGUGAACGGAUGCUCAAGGAACUCAGCAUCGAGAGAGUAACAUGAUUUUUCUGUCAAGUCCUGUUUUUUUGAUAAUCAGUGAUGUUGUCAUGGUAAGCUAUAAUCACGGUAAGAGAGCAACAAGCUCUGGCAGGGAAGGCAUCAGCGAAGUGUAUAAUUAUCAAUGGUUGAGAUUUCUGUGUUUAGAUGUCAUAAUUGAAUGUUUUCAUUCUUGCCGAUGCAAUGUAUAUAAUUUUUUUCUGUCAGCAAGAAAUUGAGCAUUCUUUGUACUCUGCUCUCCUUGCUUCAUUAUUAAUGAAUGUAAAUUUUACACUGUGCUAUUUGAUGUAAAUGAUUGUAAUUCUAAUAUUUUGUGCACCCAAGCAGUCAUCUGUCA